AUGUGGCAAAUUCUUUCCCUCUUUGUCUUCAAUCUAUUUUUGCUUCUCUCUUUUAUCUCUCUCUUUUUCUCCAUUACUGUACUUUCUGCGUCUCUGACACCUUUUCUUUCUCUCUCUACCUCUUACUCCUUUUCUUUCUUUCACUGUAUUUAUUAUUCCUUUUCCUUCUCACUGUAUUUAUUACUCCUUUUCCUUCUCACUGUAUUUAUUACUCCUUUUUCUUCUCUCUGUAUCUCUAAUUCUUUUCAUCCUCUCUGUAUCUCUUUUUCUCUAUCUCUUUCUCUUUUUCUCUAUCUCUUAUUCCUUUUUUCUCUCUUUAUCUCUUUCUCAUUUUAUUUCUGUCUCACUUAUUCCCUUUCUGUCUCACUCCUUUUCUGCCUCUCUUACUCCUUUUCUUUCCCACUAAAUCUCUUACCUUUUCUUUCUUUCCUUUAUAUCUUACUCCUUUUCUUUCUCUCUUUAUAUCUAACUCCUUUUCUUUCUCUCUUUAUAUCUUACUCCUUUUCUUUCUCUCUAUAUCUCUACAAUUUCCUAUCCUUUCAGCCAUGUGUAUAUUUCUUCUUUCUCUCUCACUUGUCACAACUUAUCUCAUUAAUCUCUCUGUUCUCUUCCCUUUCUCUUUCUGACAUCUCUUCAUCUCUCUGUCUUUUACGUUCCUUUCCUUGGGAAUACAAUAUCCCAUCUCUUGGAAUACUCUUGGAACUUCCUUUGGAAUACAAUAUCCCAUCCCUUGGAAUGCUUUUGGAAAUUCCCCUUGGAAUACCAUAUCUCAUCCCUUGGAAUACUCUUGGAAUUUCCUCUUGGAAUACCAUUUCCCAUCUCAUGGAAUACCGUUGGAACCUCCCUUGGAAAUACAAUGUCCUAUCUUUUGGAGUACCCUUGGAAUACACUUGGAAUUUCCUCUUGGAAUAUUAUUUCAUAUCCCUUCAAGUAUUCACUGUUCAUUACAUUUCUCUCCUCUUCUCUCUCUCACUUAAAAAUGUAUAUCUUUCUUUAUAUCACUCUCAUCUUCUAUCAUUCGACAUCCUCUUCUCUUUUCUUGCUAACUUUCUUUGA